UGUUGGUUCCUGCAGUUAACCCACGUAACGGCACAUGUGCGCAUCAAAAGCGAUGUGACGCAGGCAUAUUGCAGGCCAGCUAUAAACACAGAUUAAAACUAUUGAGUUUACCAACGUAUUUUAUAGAUUUAUGCAUGCAAGAAGGGGAUAUUCUUCAAGGUAUAUAUUUAAGUUUUACAAGUGGACCACAGAAAAGAGAGGCCCAACAGGAUGGCCAGUGUGCUCUGUAGUAGAGCCAGGCUGGUGACAUACCUGCCAGGGCUUCACAUACUUGUCCGGCGGAUCGCUGGACCCAACCAGAGAACAUUCUCUGGUGCUGGAUCCUCUGCCUCUGAUGAGCCUCGAUUAGCCAUCACACCCCCUGACCUUGGUCACAGGACAGUGUGGCCUGAUGAGAACAUGGGUCCGUUCGGGCCUCAGGACCAGCGCUUCCAGCUGCCAGGUAACGCAGGCUUCGACUGCCACCUGGAGGGCACAGCAAAACAGAAAAUUAAAGACCCAGUCCACCAGACAGUGCCCGAUGUACUGUCUGCCCUCUCCAGCAGCGAGAGGUAUGAGUUCCUCCUGGCUCAUGUUGUCGGAGAGUUCCAAGGGAAAGAGGCCACUCCCCCAGAACAAACGGUCAACAGAACAGAACAGUACUUUGAGAACUCCAAUGUGGAGUGUGCCAUACAGCCCUGCCCUGAGCUGCUGAAGAAAGAGUUUGAGUCAAUGUUCCCUGAGGCCCCUAACAACAUCAUGACGGUUGUCACAGUGACCCAGAAGACGCAGAAUGACAUGACAGCGUGGUGUGAGGCAGUGGACAAAGAGAGGGAGUUGAUGCUAGAUGAAUUUGUUGCUGGUGCCAAAGAGAUCUGUUAUGCCCUGAGGACAGAAGGCUUCUGGGCUGACUUCAUCGACCCAUCGUCAGGCAUGGCGUUCUUUGGGUCGUACACCAACAACACACUGUUCGAGACCGACGAGCGGUACUGUAACCUGGGCUUCAGCAUCGAGGACCUGGGCUGCUGCAAAGUCAUCCGCCACACCUUGUGGGGAACACAUGUUUUUGUGGGGACAGUUUUCACCAACGCACCUCCCGAUAGCCAUAUCAUGGAGAAGCUGCAAGGGAACUUAACCUGAAUGAUGGGAGAGUGUCUGGCAUGUGGUUGCUAUUAUACCUUGAUGUGUCAUGGCUCUACACAGGCCUCAACUACUGUUUGGAGAGCUGUUUGUUGUUCACAUUUCUAUAGAAACCCUCAAAAUAGUACUAUGGUGAAAUACCCACACACAUGGUCCCUGAGGGUAUUACCAUUAGAGUAUAUGUAUUUUUUUGUGUCUAUGUGCCAGACAGUGUUUUUUCCCCCUUUGUGUGUUGUGGUUGAAGGCCUGAUUUUGAAAAGGGUCUCUCUUGCAAAAUAGAUUUUUAUCUCAGAGACUUGACUGUAGAAAUAAAGGUUAUAUUGAAUGUGAAAUAGAAAGUGGUUAAAGGUGGGUUGACUCUGUCCAGUUAGUAGAAUAAGUCAUGUAGUUAGAUAUAAAGACAAUAAGUCAUGUAGUUAGAUAUAAAGACAAUAAGUCAUGUAGUUAGAUAUAAAGACAAUAAGUCAUGUAGUUAGAUAUAAAGACAAUAAGUCAUGUAGUUAGAUAUAAAGCUUGGUUGACUCUGUCCAGUUAGUAGAAUAAGUCAUGUAGUUCGAUUUAAAGCUGGGUUGACUCUGUCCAGUUAGUAGAAUAAGUCAUGUAGUUAGAUGUAAAGACAAUAAGUCAUGUAGUUAGAUAUAAAGCUGGGUUGACUCUGUCCAGUUAGUAGAAUAAGUCAUGUAGUUAGAUAUAAAGACAAUAAGUCAUGUAGUUAGAUAUAAAGCUGGGUUGACUCUGUCCAGUUAGUAGAAUAAGUCAUGUAGUUAGAUAUAAAGCUGGGUUGACUCUGUCCAGUUACUAGAAUAAGUCAUGUAGUUAGAUAUAAAGCUGGGUUGACUCUGUCCAGUUACUAGAAUAAGUCAUGUAGUUAGAUAUAAAGACAAUAAGUCAUGUAGUUAGAUAUAAAGCUGGGUUGACUCUGUCCAGUUACUAGAAUAAGUCAUGUAGUUAGAUAUAAAGACAAUAAGUCAUGUAGUUAGAUAUAAAGCUGGGUUGACUCUGUCCAGUUUGUAGAAUAAGUCAUGUAGUUAGAUAUAAAGACAAUAAGUCAUGUAGUUAGAUGUAAAGCUGGGUUGACUCUGUCCAGUUAGUAGAAUAAGUCAUGUAGUUAGAUAUAAAGCUGGGUUGACUCUGUCCAGUUGGUAGAAUAAGUAAUGUAGUUAGAUAUAAAGCUGGGUUGACUCUGUCCAGUUUGUAGAAUAAGUCAUGUAGUUAGAUAUAAAGACAAUAAGUCAUGUAGUUAGAUAUAAAGCUUGGUUGACUCUGUCCAGUUAGUAGAAUAAGUCAUGUAGUUCGAUUUAAAGCUGGGUUGACUCUGUACAGUUAGUAGAAUAAGUCAUGUAGUUAGAUGUAAAGACAAUAAGUCAUGUAGUUAGAUAUAAAGCUGGGUUGACUCUGUCCAGUUAGUAGAAUAAGUCAUGUAGUUAGAUAUAAAGACAAUAAGUCAUGUAGUUAGAUAUAAAGCUGGGUUGACUCUGUCCAGUUAGUAGAAUAAGUCAUGUAGUUAGAUAUAAAGCUGGGUUGACUCUGUCCAGUUAGUAGAAUAAGUCAUGUAGUUAGAUAUAAAGCUGGGUUGACUCUGUCCAGUUUGUAGAAUAAGUCAUGUAGUUAGAUAUAAAGACAAUAAGUCAUGUAGUUAGAUGUAAAGCUGGGUUGACUCUGUCCAGUUAGUAGAAUAAGUCAUGUAGUUAGAUAUAAAGCUGGGUUGACUCUGUCCAGUUGGUAGAAUAAGUCAUGUAGUUAGAUAUAAAGCUGGGUUGACUCUGUCCAGUUUGUAGAAUAAGUCAUGUAGUUAGAUAUAAAGACAAUAAGUCAUGUAGUUAGAUGUAAAGCUGGGUUGACUCUGUCCAGUUAGUAGAAUAAGUCAUGUAGUUAGAUAUAAAGCUGGGUUGACUCUGUCCAGUUGGUAGAAUAAGUCAUGUAGUUAGAUAUAAAGCUGGGUUGACUCUGUCCAGUUAGUAGAAUAAGUCAUGUGGUUAGAUAUAAAGACAAUAAGUCAUGUAGUUAGAUAUAAAGGUGGGUUGACUCUGUCCAGUUACUAGAAUAAGUCAUGUAGUUAGAUAUAAAGAAAAUAAGUCAUGUAGUUAGAUAUAAAGCUGGGUUGACUCUGUCCAGUUACUAGAAUAAGUCAUGUAGUUAGAUAUAAAGACAAUAAGUCAUGUAGUUAGAUAUAAAGCUGGGUUGACUCUGUCCAGUUACUAGAAUAAGUCAUGUAGUUAGAUAUAAAGACAAUAAGUCAUGUAGUUAGAUAUAAAGCUGGGUUGACUCUGUCCAGUUUGUAGAAUAAGUCAUGUAGUUAGAUAUAAAGACAAUAAGUCAUGUAGUUAGAUGUAAAGCUGGGUUGACUCUGUCCAGUUAGUAGAAUAAGUCAUGUAGUUAGAUAUAAAGCUGGGUUGACUCUGUCCAGUUGGUAGAAUAAGUCAUGUAGUUAGAUAUAAAGCUGGGUUGACUCUGUCCAGUUAGUAGAAUAAGUCAUGUGGUUAGAUAUAAAGACAGUAAGUCAUGUAGUUAGAUAUAAAGACAAUAAGUCAUGUAGUUAGAUAUAAAGGUGGGUUGACUCGGUCUAGUUACUAGAAUAAGUCAUGUAGUUAGAUAUAAAGAAAAUAAGUCAUGUAGUUAGAUAUAAAGCUGGGUUGACUCUGUCCAGUUACUAGAAUAAGUCAUGUAGUUAGAUAUAAAGACAAUAAGUCAUGUAGUUAGAUAUAAAGCUGGGUUGACUCUGUCCAGUUACUAGAAUAAGUCAUGUAGUUAGAUAUAAAGACAAUAAGUCAUGUAGUUAGAUAUAAAGACAAUAAGUCAUGUAGUUAGAUAUAAAGCUGGGUUGACUGUCCAGUUAGUAGAAUAAGUCAUGUAGUUAGAUAUAAAGCUGGGUUGACUCUGUCCAGUUAGUAGAAUAAGUCAUGUAGUUAGAUAUAAAACUGGGUUGACUCUGUCCAGUUAGUAGAAUAAGUCAUGUAGUUAGAUAUAAAGCUGGGUUGACUCUGUCCAGUUAGUAGAAUAAGUCAUGUAGAAAUAAAGACAACACAGGGGAUCUGCUGCUGCACAUGACUUGGGUUGAUCACCUGCCAUUUUUUAUCAGAAGAUAAGGGUUUACUUUUCUGAUGUCAUGAGAUGAAUCUCAAGAGCUCUUAUUUGAUCCAUGUUACCUUCAGAAUAGAGACCUCGUGUCUUGUUCACAGGUCCUGAGAUCCAGUUAAUCCUUGAAUAUUGUGCUCGUGACAGUAAUCAGUGCACUUGGGUCUGAAAGAGACGGGUAUUGUCUCGCUCUACAAAAUCAGCUGUUUUAGAAACGGGUCUGUGAUUCUUGAGGCUGCUUUAAUCCAGAAGUCCACACGUGAAAUGCAAUAAACCAAAUAAUCUUG